UUGGGGCGCGGACAAAGGCAAAGGACCACUUUACCCGCCCGGUUGCGCACUGCACAUUUCGUACAGGAGAGAUUUUGUACAAGUUAAUGAGAGACGAGGUCUCCAUCACGGACCCCUUGGGGAGGGCUAUGGCUGAGAGGCACAUGGAUGUCCGCGAGGAGGAGUUGGAGAAGGAGGACCUGCGGAGGGCCGAUGACGCGGCCACCCCUGCUGCACGCAUGGCAAAUGACCGGGCUGCUGACCACAGAGAGGAGUGGGGAGGCCGAGGGGCGGAUCCCCCCAUGAGGGAUGAGGGACGGGUUGGUGGUGUGCGUGCAGAGGACGAGCUCACUACGCUGAGAGAGAGGAUAGGCGUCCUCGAGGCGGGGCGACAGCCGACCCGCUCGGAUGACACUUUAGGACAGUGUUCGAGGCGGGGAGUGGACAUGGCGUGGCUCAGGACGGAGGGCACAUCUGGCCCAUCGGGCGUCGUCGUGCCCCAUGAUCGUCGAAUGCUGCAGACGAGGUUGGAUAGUUGGGCCAGUGGGGGUUUGCAGCAGCAGUACGAGAGGUUGUGGGCGAGAGCGUUGUUCAGGGCUGGGGUACCUUUCUCGUUCAUGCGCCUCGAGACCACGCAGGAGUUGCAUGACUUUAUGGUGUCAUUGAUGCGGGUGACGAUUGGGCCAGCUUUGGUCCUACCCUCAUACACAGACAUGCGCACAAGGCUCCUAGAUGAGAUCUACCACGAGAUUGCGGAAAGAGUUGCGUCGAAGAAGGCGAAAUGGAAGCUCACAGGGUGUCCCAUGAUGACAGACGGGGCUACAACGAGGUCGUACAAGCCUGUCGUUAACUUCAUUGCAGCAGGCGAGGACGGGCCAGUCUUGAUCACCACGGUCGACAUGUCGGAGAGGGAUAAGACUGGUGUGGCACUCGCGGAUCUGUGGGAGGACGUCAUCCGAGAUAUUGGCGUUGACGUUGUCAAUGCGUAUUGCACUGACAAUGCUUACGCCAAUAAGGUGGCUGCGCAGCGGUUCCAGGACCAUCCCGACAACGCCAUCUCUCGGAUCCCUUGGCUCCCCUAUGCGGCCCAUUGCUUGAGUCUCCUCCUUCGAGACAUCACGUGCUUUCAGUGGGUGCGCCCUAUUUUGAAGAACACACACAAGGUUGUGAUGUUCUUCAAGAACAUUCAGAAGGCCCUCACGUAUCAUCGCUCCUUUAAGGGCCGAGGGCAGUUAGAGUUGAUCCGACCAUGUGACACACGGUUCGGGUCAGCAUUCCAGAUGGUGGAGCGCCUUACCGAUCAGGAGCGCAUAUUGAGGGAUGUUGUGGGCAGUGUGAGAUGGCGCUCCAUCCCGUGGAAGGGGAAGGCAGCCCAGGAUGAGCGCCCCGUUCGACAACUUGUGAUGUCCAACUUGUUUUGGGAGAGUGCACACCGCGUACAGGAUGUCAUGCAGUCGGCGUAUAGUCUACAGCGAGUUCGUGACACUGGUCUUUCUGUGGAGGAGGAGACAGAGAUUUUGGAUAGGGUGGAGACCGUGGAGUACCGUUGCAGCAUGAUGCGUCAGCCAGCACACGCGCUCGCAUACCGGGUGGACCCGCGACGACGAGAUCUGUCUUUGUUGGCGGAUACUGGCAGCACGGUUGUGCAGAGUGCGCUGGAUUAUUUGUCCAGGUUCACUGUCGAUGGCCCGGGGUCAGAGGAGCACGACAAGUUGUGGUUCGCUUUGUACUUGUUCCACCACAAUGAUCCCCACGUGAGCCCCAGGCCAAAAUGGUGGACGGACGACAAGGUGAAGGCGGACGCUGGGAGGAUGCACCCCGCGUAUUGGUGGUAUCUACAUGGUGGCGACUUCCCGCGUUUGCGGGAAGUUGCCAUCAAGGUGCUCGCUAUCUGGUCCACUGCCUCUCCUUGCGAGAGGAAUUGGACCUCGCACGACUUCAUUCACUCAAAGAGGCGCAAUAAACUUUCGAGUGACAGUCUGCGGAAGCUCGUGUUCAUCCAUUGGAACAUGCAGCUUCUGCGAGCUCAGUCGGGUCCCCGGAGGGGUUUCGUGGAUGUUUGGGAGGAUAUGGUGGAGGAUCCGUCGGAGCCGCAGGUCGGCGCUGCCUCUGAGGAGGUGUAUGACGACAGCAUGACGAUCCCUGAGGAGGUGGAGGCAGAUAUUCGUAGUCGACGCAAGGAGGGGGGGGAUCGUGCUAAUGCACGACUGUUGCAGGGGCGGGACUACGAGGAUGAGGACGAAGAGGACGUCAUUUACGAGGCGGAUGACAUCUGGGAGGGGAAGGAUAUGAUCGAGGAGAUUGCGGCAGCAGGGAAGGGGAAAGAGGUAGUGCGUGAUGACCCUCUCGUCUCUCGUGUGUGGGACAGAUGGAGGGGCCUUGACAUUGUGGAUGACCUGGACAGCUACCUGCACGGCUCCAGACACACCCUUCAUAUGAUGAAGGACAUUCACGAGUGUCGCAGACCGGAUGAGGGGAGUGCAGGGGUUCAGCAGGACCGUCAUGUGGAUACGGGCUUUCGUGCGACCACCUUCGACGGUGAGGCAGACUCUUGUGCAGCUACCACAGAGGUAGGAUCGACACGCACGACGGAGGUGGUAGUCCCCCCCCCCGCUGCUCCAUCGUUUGGUAUGCCAUCUGUUGUUGGGACAGGAGCGGAGCAUUGUGAUGCCCCUAUCCCAGGACGUGUAGCACAACAACCAUGUCCCGCCGUUGAGGAGCAGGGGAGCGCUCCUAUUACCGAGGAGCGUGUGACACAUGCCACUGUUUUAGAGGAGCCGCAUCCCGUUGUCGAGGAUCAGGUGACAACUCCCGCUGCGGAGGAGUUGGAGGCCGCUACCGUCAUCUCUGGGCAGCAGACUAGGUUGGACGGCAGGGCGCGAGAGACAGAGGGUGUUCCCACAUCGUUGUCAUCCCCAGCGCGGCAUGACCCAUCUGCGUGUACGGGCACGGAUGAUACCACCCUUGCACCCUUCCAUUCAACGGUGCCCCUUACUAUCGGGGAGGUUGUGGCAAGACAUCACACUGGGCACGCGUGUGUGAUGGAGACAGCCACACACACAGGUAUUGUGCAGCAGGAGGGAGUUGUUACGGAUGAGGGGGGCCACGAGACAGACAUAGAGCCCCCUUCCACAGCCGAGGAGGUUGCUCCCACAUCGGCAGAGGCCACUCGUACAUUAGAGAGCACAGAGCCGCACACAGCAAUGAUGACGACGACAAUUGGAGGGGGUCCUGGAGCUGGGAUGACUUCCGCUGCACUUCGGCCUGUGUCAUUCUAUACCGCUCCUCCGCUGUCUGUCUUACAUGGUCGUGCUGUGGUCCGCGGACCCGGCUUGACUCUUCCCCCUCGUACAUCGUCUCCUACUGCCACGACGCCUGUUGGGCGGUUGUCGUCAUCCAUGAGCAUAGCAGCACAGCAUUCGCAGGGCAGUCGAGGUGUUCCAUCGGUGGCCCCAGUGGCUCGCAGUCAUUUGAAUCCUGUGUGCAGUGGACCGGUCGCUUCAAUUGCGGUUCCUCCACUCCCUACUCGAGUGUCGUCUGCCAUUGUUGACAACACUUCGACGAGAGGGAGGAAGAGGAAGGCCCCUGACACACAUGGGCGAGAGCAGCCACAGAGACCUGCAGUGCAGGGUAGACCACGCAGGUGCCCCCCAGGGGGUCGAUCGGGGAGGGGUAGAGGGAGACAGGGCGCCGCAGGAGCAACAAAGAGGUUGUUGGGGUCGCUCGGUGCUAUAGGGGGCGGGUCGCCAGCGCCCAUAUCCAUGCAUGGAGUGAGGACUCGUUCUCGUGGUGCUGCGGACAGGACGAGGCGCGUCGAGGUUCAGGAGGACGACGAUGAUGAUGAGAAGGGCAGUGGUGACGGGUCGGAGAGCGAGUACGAGGCUCCGUCACACUCCUCAGAUGAUGACGACGACGCAGAUACUGAAGGGGACGCUGUUGCCGCCCAGUAGGCUGACGAGGUCACGAUGGUCGAGGACUGCUGCUGCAGAGAGAGAGAGAGAGGGAGAGAGAGAGAGAGA